UGCACGAUUUUGCCGGUCGGAUUGUGAACAAGAUAACUCCGAGGCCAGUCAUUUAAUAUUUUCUCGUCGAACGCGAUCCACCGUGGUCGGUCUGUAGCCGUCGACUUCCGCACUGUCCGGUGUAGAUCUGCUAGCAGCCGUGCCCGUCAAAUUUGUCGCGUCUCAAUGAUUGCGCAGCUGGAGUCAUUCUCUACUCAGAUUAGCUGAAACGCUCCGGCGACAACAUCAUCCUGGUGCACAUUGCUUGACACGAAUAUGCAAUCAAUACGACAAGUCGAAAGGCUCAAUCAAGCCGAGCUUGAAAAAUGCGUUCCUUCCAAUGCGUCGUGGCACACGGACUAUCGCGACACGGCUUAUAUCUACAUUGGCGGACUGCCAUUUGAGCUCAGCGAAGGCGACAUUCUUACAAUUUUCAGUCAAUAUGGCAACCCGGUCCACAUCAACCUAGUGCGGGAUAAGGACACGGGCAAGAGCCGAGGAUUCUGUUUCUUGAAAUACGAGGAUCAAAGGAGUUGCGAUCUGGCGGUGGACAACCUGAGUGGAGCUGGUGUAAUGGGUCGCGUGAUCAGCGUCGAUCAUACGCGCUAUAAGAAAAAGGACGGCGAAAUCGAGGGUGUUGGCGAUGAAGAGCUCGAGGAGGAGGAGACGGAAGAGGCCAAAGAGUUACAAGAAGGCAAUAGGAGGAAACGAAGGAGAACCAGCGAGAGUGCUAGCGAUGGUGACCGCCCACUGAUCAAGGAGGAGAUUGCGUUGGCAAAGCUGAUCCGCGAGCACGACGAUGAUGACCCCAUGAAGGCGUAUCUGGUAAAGGAGAAGAAGGAGGAGGUCGCGGAAGCAUUGAAGGCUUUGGCUAAGCAUAGAUCCAAAGACAAGCGCAGCGAACGCAGCGAUCCAGACGAUGCUGGAACUCGUGAUCGGCAUCGCCAUCGUUCCCGACAUCACCAUCACCGGUCACGGAGGCAUGACGAAUCUAGUGCAGCGGAUCGUGACCACCAUCGGAGUCGGUAUCGAGAUGACGCUAGUAGCAAUGAUGAGGAGGACAGACGGCGCACAACAAGCCGUCGGCAACGUGAGCAUGAAGGCGAUCGACAGAGGCGACGCGACAAUCCCGACGCGCGUGCUGAGGUCAGACGAGAUCGCUCUCCGAGUUCUGAUCGGAGUGAUUCUGGGCGAGAUAGACGGCGACAAAGAUAGAAGUUUAAAUGACUCAAUGUCAUCGUUUUGCAUUAGGGUGCGUCGGUGAGUUUCCUGGUCGGGAACGAUUUUAUAGCAGGACUUGAAAGGAGAUAGCUGCAUUGAGUGCUUCAUGAUCUCGAAGCUGCUGUUAGUUCAGAUUCUAAGGGUCUAAAAUCCUCCAAGCGC